UGCAAGGCAAGCAGAUCAAUUGUCUAGAAUGCGAGGACUUGAGAAAUGUUUUCAGGAAUACAAGAUAGUGUUAAAAGGGCAAGUCAUACCACAUAAUGUUAAGAAUGCUUUUGGAUUCAAUACUGCCAAACCUGUAUGUCGGACCAAGCCUCUUUAGCGCAGUUAAGUACUAAGCAAUUGUUUUUUAAAACCCUAGCUCUGGCUCGUUGUGUUUUGUGCUUAUUCAAGCGUUCAUGUUUUUGGGGUUUGCUUCUUCAUGUGUCUCAUGCAUUCAUCGUUCUUGCUUUCAUUGCCUACAUGUGCUCAUCAUUUGCUCACUCUCUUUUUUGGUGUUCUUCUCAUUGUGACGAUUCUAGGUAUGUUUGAGAAAUACUAUGCCCAAACAUGGGCCAGAGCAACAAGACUAAUCAAACAUAAUCAACACUUUUUUUUUUUUUCUGAAAUGACUUGGAAAUGACAGAGAGCUGGUCCCAGAGUAGUGAAUUGAGCUUAUUCUCCGUCUUUGAAUCAGGGCUAGUGGACCCUUCUUGCAACUGUAGCUAACUCUAAAACAUCCCACACCGUCUAUCUUAGAUCCAAUACUUACAGCCAUUCAAGGUGCAAUUGCAUAUGGAAUAUCAGUAGCCCUGACUUCAAGGGCAGUAGCAGCUCCAAUUCUUUUCACCAAAUCAGUAUCGUUCUCGUCCAUAUCUGGGGUUGGAUUCAUUUUGGGCAUGUCAUCAAUUCCUUCAAGUUUCUUUGUCUAUAGAAUUGGUUUAAAGUUUUAGUGUACAUCUCGUAUAUUUCUCAAUAAGUAUUUUUUUGUUCUUGUAAACUAACGCACCAUCUCUUCAUCCACCUGUUGUUUUGUUUCAUCAAAGUGUCCUUUUCUCCAUUCAAUUCUUCACCCACUACUAUUCUUGGCCAUCUUCUAUUCUACAUGCCUUACUUUUUCUUCAAAUAUCCCAAUAGUUGGAUCAUAGUUGUUGCUGCUUAAGGAAUGUUGCAUGUUUCUGCCAGUAAGAUCUCAUAGCUGACUGCAGACGAUUGUGAUUAAACCUUUUUUGUGUUCUUUCUAGUUGUCUCCAUUUUAAACCGAAGGUGUUGCUGCCCCAAAGCUCAUACCCACAAAGCACUACUGGCAUAACAAGUUACCCAAACAAUAUCCUAAUGGUCUUCCAAUCCUACAAUUUUGCAUGCCUACAUCUAUUUUGUAGUGCAUACAAUGCUUUCUGGCUCCUCGAAUAUUCUUUUUACCAUGAUGUUAAGUGUGCAGAUUUGCUCGCUAUGAAAAUUUAGAUCAUAUUUGUAUUCUAGCACUACCUUAGCUCUCCGUAAAAGAUAAAUUCUGUUUGCUCUUUCUCCUCUCGCAGAAUGAAGACUAAGAUCUUUCAUUUUGUUGAUAUUUACUUGCAUCUCUGCUCCAUUGCAAAAGAGUUGAAGGGUCUUCAGAUGUUCCUUCCAGCUGCCUGCUGUUUGUGCAAAUGGAAAAUUGUCAAAAAUUUAUUCAGAAUUUUUUCAUAUAAAAUUCACAUGAGGAUAUAUGGAUUGCCAAAAGAUGCAUGCAUUAAUAGCUGGAGCUUGGGACCCUUCCCAUUGCUGGUUUUAUCAGUUUUUCUAAAUUCAUGGCUAAUAAUAGUCUAUGUGAUUGCGAGCUGCUGUGUUCUGUUAGGUCUGGUGUACUGGAUGGCUCCAUUCGGGAUCCUGUUAAAUAUUUUAGUAAGCUGCUUGAAGUUGAAGACAUUGCUCCUUAUCUUGUAUCUUCUGCUCUGGACCGGUUCAUGGGGCGUUACACUCUUAUGGGACAUCCUCAGUGUUGUGAAGGCAUGGACCUUAUGGCUGUUCCUCCACUGCAGGCCGUUGACCCUACUGAAGAUGAGCCUCUGCUAUCUCCUUCUCUUGUGGCUGGUGGCCCUCAGAUCGAUCCUCCUGUUGAUUCGGCUUGGGUGGUCUCUCAACAUUUUUGUCUGGAGGAUGUAAAUGAUGCUGUUCAACCUCUUGUGUCCUCCCCUCCGAACAUUGGCUCUUGCAGCUAUUUUUAUGAUAUAUAGCUUUACAUAUGUCUCUCAUGACAAUUUUUGUAUCAAGUUUUUAUCGCUGGCUUGUCCAGCUUGAGGGUGGUGGGUGGUUCAUCUUUAUAUGUGAAAAUAUUGCCUUUAUGGCUGCGACUUAUACAUUAGACUUGUUACUUGUA